AUGGAGAGCAAUGCGUCCUCCGGGAACUGUACUGAUCCCCAGAUGUCCUUCCAGUCCACCCUGUACGCGACCACGUACACCCUCAUAUUCAUCCCCGGCCUCCUGGCAAACAGCGCUCCCCUGUGGGUCUUGUGCCGCUUCAUCAGCAAGAAGAGCAAAGCCAUCAUCUUCAUGAUCAACCUGGCCGUGGCCGACCUGGCCCAUGUCCUCUCACUGCCCUUACGGAUGUAUUACUACAUAAACCACACCUGGCCAUUUGGAAAUUUUCUUUGCCAGGUGUGCUUCUACCUGAAGUAUCUCAACAUGUACGCCAGCAUUUGCUUCCUCACCUGCAUCAGCAUCCAGCGGUACCUCUUCCUCCUCCAUCCCUUCAAAGCCAAGGACUGGAAGCGGCGGUACGACGUAGCCAUCAGCGCUGCCGUCUGGCUCUUCGUCGGGGCAGCGUGCUUACCCUUGCUCGUAGUGAGGAGCCCAGCCUUGUCCAACAGCACAAACACGUGCUUCUCAGACCUGGGCGUGAAGCAGCUGAGCCCGGGAGCCUCCAUCACGCUGGUGACGGUGGCGGAGCUGUUUGGGUUUGUCAUUCCCUUCGGCAUCAUUGCCUGCUGCACUUGGAAGAUGAGGCAGUCCCUGCGGGAGUGUCCAACGCAGCUGCAAAACACCAGUGAGAAGCAGAAGGCUUUGCGCAUGGUCUUGAUGUGCGCGGCCGUCUUCUUCAUCUGCUUCACCCCCUACCACAUCAACUUCCCUCUGUUCAUGAUGGUGAUAGAGAACAUCAUCCAGAACUGCGCCGUUCACAGGAGCACGCUCCGCUUCCACCCCAUCUCCCUCUGCCUGGCAAGCCUCAACUGUUGCCUGGAUCCGGUCCUCUACUACUUCAUGACCUCCGAGUUCCAGGACCAGCUGCUGCACCACAGCUGUGCCGCCCUGCGUGCUCGGUUCACGCGCCGCAGGAACAACCCCUCCAUCACCGAAAGCGGCCAGGACAUUCGUAUGAAGAGAAAUCUUCCACGUUUUAAGUUUUGGUCUCUUCCCAAGUUCUUUGGCCGAAUAAACAGCAUGGAAAUCCCUCCCAUGCCACCUGAUGAGCUUCUGCUGGAGUCCAUCUCUUGA